CCUUCCUAAUAAAAUGUCCAGAUCUGAAGAAUUCCUUCGUUAUCAUGUCUCUCUCUCUCUCUCACACUGCAUCGCUAAUCGAAAACGCGUAUGGAUGCUGACAAAGUCAAAGAUUCUAGCAUAGCCACAUCCGCAGAUUGAUAGAUAAAAACGCAAAGGUGGAUCUGGAGAACAUGGCGUAUCGAUCCAACAAUUACGCAUCCAUUGCGUUUCUGAGGCAGAUGCAUCCAUUUAUGAUUGCUCCAAAGGUGAUAUUGUUGGUUCAGUUUCAGAAGCCCGCUUUGCAGGAACGUAGAGAAGUGAAAAAUGAGGAGACUAUUAACUUAUCAGAGGAUGACGGCGACAAUGACACAGAGCAAGGAGCUGCUGAGCAUGGAGCCGCGAUGAAGAAAACGACUUACGAGCCAAAACGCGACGGUGCAAGGGACGAAGAAAAGGCACCGUGUUUAGCGAGACGAAAAAGACGAGACGGCCGGCGGUGAGAUGAGGUUGAGCAAGACUAUGGUGUGAUGAGAUGAGGAAAAGACUUUAAGGAGGGCUGGAGCUUUGAGGGGUUAUGGGAAAUGGGUGCCGUUUAGGAAUUAGGAGGAAUGGAGUAUUGGGGUAUAUUCGAGUAUUUGUUUUUUAAAUACCCAAAACGACGUCAUUUUGGCAAAGAAAAAAAAGAGUUUUGAAUCAGUCGGGUUAGACAAAAUUGUUGGUUUUUCAAUUUUCAUCAUAAUCGGACGGUUCAACUCAAUUCUUUCUGGUUCUGUUUUUUAUUCGGUCAGAUUGUUUAACUGAACUGACCAGGUGACGGAUUUAUUGUUUUUUAGUUGAACCGGUCAGUCCCGUCCGAUUCUUAUAAAUACGUUGAAAUUUUUAAAAUUUUGUAUUGAAUACAAUAUUUGAAAUAAGACCAGUAUCAUUAAAGAGAGAUCAUA